AGAGUUUCAGGAGCCGCUUGACCCCUUUUCAAACUAAAACCUCCUCAGCUGGACUGGGGAACACGCAGGUGCGCGCAGGUCUCGGUUAAUCCACUGCGUGACUUCCAUCAAACACAGAGAGUCGGUCGGACUUUCGGCAACUCCGCCAAACCUCCGCUCAGCCGAUCAGACGGAGCUACUGCGGCUACAGCUCCCUCAGUGGCCGCCGUCUGACGGAGGGACGCGCUGAGGAGCAUCACAGCACCACUAUACUGACAGGGGACUUCGGCCCUUUAGAGGCCUGAGGGGAAGUUAAAGCAGUUAAAGGACCACCUUGAAGACAUGCACACUGUCCUGCUGCUGGUCUGCUGUGCCCUGGCUACCACCAUUGCUCAGGAGCCUGACCUUGCCCAUGGAUGCACCCAUGGAAGUUGUUACCCAGCAACCGGUGACCUCCUGGUGGGUCGAGAGAAGAACCUGAAAGCUUCAUCCACCUGUGGUCUCACUAGGAGAGAACCCUACUGCAUUGUCAGUCACCUACAGGAAGAGAAGAAAUGUUUCCAGUGCGACUCACGGCGAGCAUACGAUCCUAAGUACAACACCAUCAGUCACCGCAUCGAGAACGUCAUCACCACCUUCAGACCAGACCGCAAGAAGUGCUGGUGGCAGUCUGAGAAUGGAAAGUCUGAUGUUUACAUUCAGUUGGACCUUGAAGCAGAGUUUCACUUCACUCACCUCAUCAUGACCUUUAAGACAUUCCGUCCUGCAGCCCUGUUGAUUGAGCGUUCAGCGGAUUUUGGACGCACCUGGCAAGUUUAUCGCUACUUUGCCUAUGACUGCGCCUCGGUCUUCCCUGGGAUUCCUCAAGGUCCACUCCGCAAGGUUGAUGAUGUCAUCUGUGAAUCACGUUAUUCUGACAUCGAGCCGUCAACGGAAGGAGAGGUAAUCUUUCGAGUUCUAGACCCUGCCAUCCGAAUUGAAGACCCCUACAGCCCCCGUAUUCAAAAUCAGCUCAAAAUCACCAACUUGCGUGUGAACUUCACCAGGCUCCACACUCUGGGCGAUAACCUGCUUGACUCAAGACUGGAGAUCAAAGAGAAGUACUACUAUGCCAUGUAUGAGCUGGUCGUCAGGGGCAACUGCUUCUGCUAUGGCCAUGCCUCUGAGUGCGCGCCCAUCGAUGGAAUAAGAGAUGACAUCGAGGGCAUGGUGCAUGGGAGGUGUGUGUGCAAGCACAACACAAAAGGGCUAAAUUGUGAACUGUGUGAUGAUUUCCAUAAUGACCAGCCCUGGAGACCAGCUGAGGGCCGCAACACCAACGCCUGCAAGAAAUGCAACUGUAAUGGUCACUCCAACAAGUGUCACUUUGACAUGGCGGUGUAUCUGUCCACGGGCAACAUUAGUGGAGGCGUGUGUGACGACUGUCUCCACAAUACAAUGGGCCGCAACUGUGAAACCUGCAAACCCUUCUACUAUCAGGACCCAGCCAGGGACAUCAGAGACCCCCGGGUCUGCAUAGCUUGUGACUGUGACCCAGACGGCUCUGUAAACAAUGGUAUGUGUGACGGGCAUGAUGACCCCUCUCUGGGCAUGAUUGCGGGACAGUGCCGUUGUAAGGCAAACGUGGAAGGCCCUCGCUGUGACAAGUGCAAGUCUGGCUUCUUUGGGCUGAAUGCAAAUGACCCACUUGGCUGCCAGCCAUGUAAGUGUGACCCCAGGGGAACAGUUUCCGGCAGUCCCCAGUGUGACCCCGUCCAAGGGGACUGUUUCUGCAAGCGCCUGGUCAGAGGCCGGAGUUGCAACCAGUGUCUGCCAGAGCACUGGGCCUUAAGCCAUGAUGGCAGUGGCUGCAGAAGAUGUGACUGUGACAUAGGAGGCGCUGUAGAUAACCAGUGCUCUAUGGAAUCGGGCCAGUGUCGCUGCCGCAGUCACUUGGUGGGCCGCCAGUGUAACCAGGUGGAGUCUGGGUAUUUCUUCAUGGCCCUGGACCACUAUCUCUAUGAGGCAGAACUAGCAAAAUUGUCUCAGGGUUGUACUGUCGAAGAGAGGGAGCACCAGUCAGGUCGUCCCACCUCUUGGACCGGUACUGGGUUUGCACGCGUUCCUGAAGGAGGCAUUCUGGAGUUCUUCAUCACUAAUAUCCCUUACUCUAUGGAGUAUGAUGUUCUCAUUCGCUAUGAGCCUCAGAUGCCUCGGGACUGGGAGGAAGUGCGUAUAACGGUUGUGAGACCUGGUCCAAUUCCCACCAGCAGCCCAUGUGGAAACACCAUCCCUGCAGAUGAUCUGCUGACUGUCUCUCUGCCUUCUGGAUCUAGGUUCAUGGUUCUUCCCCAUCCUGUGUGUUUGGAGAAAGGAGUGAGGUACACUCUCCGUCUGGAGUUUGUCCGCUACGCUGACAAAAACAGCAUUCCCAGCUUCAGCAAUGCAAACAUUCUAAUAGACUCUAUCGCCUUGCUCCCUCGAUACACCUCUCUGGAGAUGUUUGUAGCGGGUGAUCCUGCCUCUCUCUCCCGGAAGCAGAGUUAUGAGCGUUACCGCUGCCAUGAGAGUGCCAAGAGUGUGUCCCGUCCAGCCUUGAGUGAUGUGUGUGCCAAACUCAUCACCAGCAUGUCAGCCAUCAUUAACGACGGAGCCCUGCCUUGCCAGUGCGAUCCACAGGGUUCAGUCAGCUCUGAAUGUGAUGUGCGUGGAGGUCAGUGCCGCUGUAAGCCGAAUGUGAUUGGAAGGCGUUGUGAUAAAUGUGCUCCAGGAACCUAUGGCUUCGGACCUUCAGGAUGCAAACCGUGUGAGUGUAGUCAGGAAGGCUCUCGUGGUCGCUUCUGUGAUGUGUACACGGGACAGUGUCCAUGUCUGCCAGGGGCGUUCGGUCAGCGCUGUGACGGCUGCCAGGCUGGACACUGGGGCUUCCCCAACUGCAGACCGUGCCACUGUAACGGGCAUGCAGAAGAGUGCCACCAGAGGACCGGUGUCUGCAUCAACUGCAGGAGCAACACAGCAGGGGACAAAUGUGAAAAGUGUGCCAAUGGAUUCUAUGGAAAUCCAGUGCUGGGUUCAGGAAACCAGUGUCGGCCUUGCCCUUGUCCAGAUGGGCCCAACAGUGGACGUCACUUUGCUGCCUCCUGUUACCAAGACAACCACAGCAGACAGGUGGUCUGCAACUGUAAACAGGGCUACACAGGUGUGCGCUGUGAGGAAUGUGCGCCUGGUUACUAUGGCAAUCCUUCUCAACCUGGUGGGCAGUGCCAGCCCUGUCGCUGUAACAACAACAUCGACCUAUCAGAUCCCGUGGCGUGUGACAGGCGGACUGGGGAGUGUCGUAAAUGUCUCUACAACACCGAGGGGCCUGACUGCAGUGUGUGUAAGAGCGGAUACUUUGGGGAUGGCUCUCGCCGCAACUGCAGGAAAUGCACAUGCAACUUCCUGGGUACAGAGCGCAGUCAGUGUCUAUCCCGAGAUGACUGCUUGUGUCAGCGUUCCACAGGACAAUGUCAGUGCCUACCUCACGUCACCGGACUCACCUGUGACCACUGCGCCCCAAACUACUGGAACCUGGCCAGUGGACGAGGCUGCGAACCAUGUGGCUGUGAGCCCAAUAACGCCUACACGUCUGCCUGCAAUGAGUUCACAGGUCAGUGUCAGUGUCGUGAUGGCUUUGGUGGAAGGACUUGCAGGGACUGCCAAGAGAACUACUGGGGAGAUCCCAGAAUCCAGUGUAGAGCCUGUGACUGUGACCAUAGGGGCAUUGAGACCUCUCAGUGUAACCGCGUGACGGGUCACUGUGCUUGCCGACAGGGCGUAUCCGGCGUCCGCUGCGAUCAGUGUGCCCGCGGCUUCUCAGGCACGUUCCCUGACUGUCAGCCUUGUCACCAGUGUUUUGGAGACUGGGACCGCAUCGUCCAAGAUCUAGCUGCUAAAACUAAGGCUCUCGCAGCCCGGUCUCAGGAGAUCCAGUCCACAGGCCUGAUUGGUGCCUAUGAGAAGAAUUUCAAGGAGCUGGAAGAGAAGCUGGCACAGGCACAGAGCAUUGUUAAUGCACGCAAUGCCACUGCUGAAGGUGUGACCACCCUAAUGGGCAUGAUGGAGGAGCUCAGGUCUCGUAUUGGUGAGACCACAGACACACUGAACCGUCUGGAAGGAGACCUGACUGCUGUACAGGAUAGCAACUAUGAGGCCAGCAAUGAGCUGAGCACACUGGAGAGAGAGGCCAGAGAGCUCAAUCUCACCUCUAAGCAGCUCAACCAGCAGCUAGACAUCCUCAAAAACUCCAACUUCUUGGGUGCAUACGAUAGCAUCCGUGCUUCCUACAACAAGUCUCGGGAUGCAGAGCGCCGUGCCAACCAGUCUACUACUGACACCCCUAGCACCGUCAGCCAAUCAGCAGACACUCGCAAGAAGACAGAGCGGCUCAUUGCAGAGAAGAAAGAUGACUUUAACCGCAAGAAUGCUGCAAACAAGCGUGCUCUGUCUGACCUGAAUGCAAAAGCACAGGGUCUUGACAUAAAGAAGAUCAAUGAGAAGGUAUGUGGUGCUCCAGGUGAUGUCCCAUGUGGAGAGAGCCCUUGCGGUGGUGUUGGUUGUCGUGAUGAUGGACGCAGGCACUGUGGGGGACUGAACUGUAAUGGAGCUGUUGCAGUGGCUGAUAAUGCAUUGGAAAGAUCCAAACAUGCAGAGAAGGAACUCAUCAAAGCCAUGGGAGAAGUGGAGGAGCUCUUCAAGCAGGUUGCAGAUGCAAAGACGAAGGCUCAGGAAGCAAAAGAUAAAGCUCAGGCUGCUCUGAAGAAAGCCAGUGAUACCAAGAAGAAAGUGGAGCGUUCCAACAACGACUUGCGUGACCUCAUCAAGCAGAUUCGUGGCUUUCUUAUGCAAGAGGGAGCUGACCCUGACAGCAUUGAGGCAGUGGCCAAUCGGGUUCUUGAGCUGUCCAUCCCUGCCUCACCCCAGCAAAUCAAACACUUAGCUGAUGAGAUCAAAGAUCGCGUCAGGAGUCUGUCCAACGUGGACGCCAUUCUGGAGCAGACACAAGAUGAUGUCCGAAAAGCGGAAAAGCUGCUGAUGGAGGCCAAAAAGGCCAGGAAUAAAGCAGACAGGGCAAAGAACACAGCAGACAGUGUGAAGCAGGCACUGGAUGAUGCUCGUAGGGCUCAGACAGCUGCUGAAAAGGCCAUCCAGAGGGCAAGAGAUGACAUUGGCAUGACUGAGAACCGACUUGCUGAGAUUCAGUCAGAAACGUCAGCUAGUGAGAAGGACCUGAACGAGGCCAUGGACAAGUUGGGUGAUCUGGGGCGGCAGAUAGAAGCCUUGAAGGCCAAACGGGCCAACAACAGCAUGGUUGCAGCACGAGCUGAGGAGACUGCUAAUAUGGCUCAAGACAAGGCUAAUGAAGCAAAGCAGAUUCUGGAUGGUGAACUUUCAGAUAAGUACCGCACUGUUCAGGAUCUGGUAGGCAGGAAGGCAAAUGCAGUUCAGGACGCCAAGAAAAAAGCAGAGCGGUUGAGAGACGAUGCAAAGCAGCUGCUAAAGGAUGCUCAGGACAAACUGCAGAGAUUAGCAGAACUUGAGAAAGACUAUGAGGAGAAUCAGAAAACACUGGAGGGCAAAGCCAGGCAGCUCGAUGGUCUGGAAGAUAAAAUGAAGGCAAUUCUGGAUUCUAUCAACAAGCAGAUCCAGAUCUACAAUACCUGCCAGUAAACUGCCAGAUGCCAGCAGGACUGAUGUCACUGACAGUUCAGUACUGCCCACAAGGCUCCAAGAGCAUAUGGAGGAUACUAGACUGGCACUAGUGUCAUCAGUGUGAUCACUUGUGUUCAAAUAAAACACUUAUUAUCUAUUCAUAGAAAUAUAGAUUUGAAAGUUUAUUGUUACAUUGUUUGGCCAGAAAGACACAGAGCACUAUCACUGAGGGGAGUGUACAACCCCAUCUCUAAAAAAGUUGGGAAGCUGUGCAAAAUGGCAAUAAAAACAAAAUACAAUGAUAUAAAAAACAUUUAAACCCCAUAUUUAAUUGAAAAUAGUACAAAAACAACAUGUCAAAUGUUGAAACUGAGAAAUUUCACUGUUUUUUUGAAACAUUUUUGCCCAUUUUGAAUUUGAUGCCGACGACAUGGUCCAAAAAGUUAGGAUGGGGCAACAAAAGGCUGGUAAAGUUGUGUAAUGCUAAAUCACCUGGUGGCUGAGUGACAACAGGUCAGUAACAUGGUUGGGUAUAAAAAAGCAUCCC